AUGGUGGUCCAAGAACCUCGUGACUCGUGGGAGAGAAAACCGGGUCGGGUCGACCAUGGGUACUGGCACGUCCGGUCAGAUCGGGUUGUUGACUGUGAAUCUUCUUCGACACAACCCGUCAUCAACACUACCAUGCCGCAUUCUUUGCGGUUUCUCGUCCUUUGCAUACUACCGAUACUAUGUAAGGCUCAACGAUCCAACAGUCCCGAUGAUUGGUACCAAAAAUAUCCUUUCUAUCCCCCGUAUUGUUCCACACCCUCGCAAAUGGCGCUGCGGACGAUUCCGCCUCUCGCAAAUGCCGACCAAUCCUUCGGCGAAUCGCGAUUGGAGCACGCGUCGGUCAUUAUCCGUCACGGGGCUCGGACGCCCUGGACAUCUGGACUCAACUGUUGGGAAGGAUACGCCGCCAGCAAGGAGACGGGGGUCUGGGAUUGCGAUUUGACCACCUACCUGGCUCCGCCACCAUCCACCGACGGCACAGCCGCAUCCAGCAACGACCCGAACGCCACGUUUCUUUUCGAAAAACGCUACGACGCCUUGCAGCAUCCGGAACACGGUCUCUCCAACUAUUUCAACGGAACCUGUCAACUUGGACAGCUCUUGCUUCGAGGAUACGCACAGGAACUCACCAACGGCCAGCAUUUGCGGGACGCCUACGUGUACGACGCGUCGCGCGAAAAUCACGAUCCCCGCAUGCGCCUGUUGGACGUCACGACUGCAGCGGUGCCCUGGUCGGAUACGAAUCUGUGGUACCGUGCCGACGAUGACCAACGCACCCUCAUGUCCGGUCAAGUCUUGUUGCGCGGCCUGUUGGGUCCCGAAAUACGCGCGCACGUCGACACACACGGUUCCUACCCCGUCAUUCCCUUGCACACUGCGGAUCGUGCACGGGACGUCCUGGAUCCCAACGAAGCCGUGUGUCCGCGUUUGGCCGAACUCCGCCAACGCUUCGCCGCGUCCAAUGCGUACCGGGCCGUGGAACGGUCGGCCGAAACGCUCCUACUCCGGCGCUUUAUGCGAGACGUGCUGCGGAUUGAGGGAGACAUGAUGGCGGUGGAUUGUUUGAUGACAACAAUGUGCACGGAUCGGGAUUUGCCCGACGCCGUGAACGAUUACCGUGGCACCGAUCCGACGCGUCGGACCGGGGCACUCCACGACGCACCGCGCGAUCACGUGCGGCGCGAAACUUCCGAGUACGGCGUCGAUUUGUUCCAACGAUUGUACGACUGGGAUGUCCAAUCCUACACGAUGGUGUACGGGGCCAACGAUGCCGAGUACGCCAAGCUCGGGAUGCAACCACUGUGGCACGAAGUCGUGUCGGUCGUCCGGGGCAUCGUCCACGGGGAAGCGACCGUGUGCUGUCCGGUCCGUCCCCCAGCGAAGCUGGCACUGUACUCGGGUCACGACACGACCAUCAUGCCAAUGCUGGCGUCGCUGGGUCCGCACGUGUGGGAUGGAAUCUGGGCGCCGUACGCGAGUUUGCUCGUCCUGGAAGUGCACGCCAUCAAUCUAGACGGGGUCGCCAAUCGGACGCGGUACCCGUCCGACUACGCCUUUCGAUUGGUGUACAACGGUCAAGUUUUGACGUCCCGUAUGGACGACUGUCCCGACGACGCCGAGCUUUGCGAUAUUCAGGUUCUGCUGGAUCACGUCGAACCGUUUGCGACACCCGACUGGGACUGUCGACUACGGUAUCCCACGGCGGAUGCGGUGGCGGAGACCGUGAACCAGGCCGUACGUGUCGUGACGAGUCCUGGAGGCUUUCUGGCCUUGUUGAUGCUGCUGGUGGGGAGUGCCGCGGUGGGGUCCGUUGGGACGGUGUGUUUGCUGACGAGAUCGGGCUUUCGACGGCGGGAACGGUACCGGCUACCGUUGGACGACGACGAAGACGGUUUGGUUCUUGACGACGAGAACGAAAAGGAUGGAAUCUCUUUGGCCACCACCAAUACUCGAGAUGGCUAUUCGGACCAUAAACAGAGAGCAUCUCUAGCAGAAUCCAACCACACGGCGGACGAGGGAACCCUUCCCGACCUAGUCAUGACUUGAUAAGCGACCUG